GAUCAUAAAAGAUACCAGCAUAUAAAUCAUGCGUGUCUCAAAAAUAGCAAUGUGCCGGACACCGACGCGCACAGGGUGACGCGCUCACCGUUUCUACUCGUCUGUCACUCACGUACUCUCUCUCUCGCUCUUUCUCUCUCUUUCUUUCUUUGUGUGUGUGUGUCUGUCUCACCCUGUCUUUCUCUCUCUCUCGGUGUCUCACCCUCUUUCUCUCCCUCCUCUGUGCAGUCGUGCGUCCUGCAUCUCCGUCUGACUCGUCGCGGAACGUCGGGUGCCAAGACCCUUCUCGUUGGAGGCAGCGCACUCUCGAGCGCACGCCGGCUUUCUCUCCGUCUCCUCCUUCCCUCUUCUUUCCAGUUUAAGUUGCCGUUUUCUCAAAGUUUCGGCUAAGAAGUGGAAUAUUUCUCGGAGUUAAUAAUAGUAAAAAAGAAAAAAGAAAAAGAAAAAAAGAUGACCUGAAAGAUGAAGUAGAGUACAACCAGCAUCGGCUGUGGUUGAGCCGGCAAAGGUGGGCGGCUGAACGCCCAGCACUGUGCGUAACGCUGGAAAGCAGGUGGAUGGAGGAGCUGGCGGGAUGCAGCUUUCCAGCAGAUCAGCGCCGCUCCGGAGCGGCUGGACUUCACGUUCUCAGCUGAAGGACACCUUCAUGGCAUUAUGGACGUGAUACGAGGAUGAAGUUUUCUGUUUACGAAAGUCGGGAGAUCUGAUGCGCGCAGCAGCCAUGUUAUGUCAAAGCGUCCUCGAGGAGAGACUUUAAACCGAGCGGAUCCCUAUCUGACGCGAGUCUGCGCUUCCACGAGACUGGAAGUCUCCUGUUGUGCUGCACGUUUGUCACAUGCGAUCUGCGGGCUACAGCCAGGCUGAAUCAGGCGUCACCUCAUCUGCUCGGACAGUCAGUGACCUACCUCGCUCUUUUACGGUCUCUCUGCAGCUGGGAUGUGAUAACUGUAGAUCCUCAUACGUGAAAUUCCCCUGUAAUCCCUGUUCCCACAGCCCAAGACCCUUAGAGCUCAAAUCCCCAGUACCUUUUAUCUAUAAUGAACCCCCCGCAGUCCCGGAUUUCUAUCGUUGUGUGGUAAAAUUGAUGCUAUGAAGCAUGUGACUCAAACCCAUUAUCUGUGUACGCCAUACUUCUUUAUAAUUACACCUUUACCCCUUACCCCUCACUGCCUUUAGACACCCAAAAAUCUUAGCCAAAAGUGCUGUCAGUCGUCAUGGCUUUGGAUCAGUGGCCCUUCCUGUCUCCACCCCCCAACAUCUCCAUCCCCGAGCCCCUGCUGUACGACAGCGACAUCCAAGGGAACGAGUCCAACCUGGACCUCAACAUUUCCGUGUACAAGGAGCCUCCCCAGGACAAGACCAGUUCCGUUGUCAUAACCUUCAUCUACUUCGUGGUGUGCGCCGUGGGACUGUGUGGCAACACGCUGGUCAUCUACGUCAUCUUGCGUUACGCCAAAAUGAAGACGGUCACCAACAUCUACAUCCUGAACCUGGCAGUGGCGGAUGUCCUGUGCAUGAUGAGCCUGCCGUUCAUCGCCAUGCAGCUGGCUCUGGUGCACUGGCCUUUCGGGGAGACCCUCUGCAGGGUGGUCAUGACCGUAGACUCCCUCAAUCAGUUCACCAGCAUCUUCUCUCUGAUGGUGAUGAGCAUCGAUCGAUACCUGGCGGUGGUCCAUCCCAUUAGGUCCACAAAAUGGCGGAAGCCCCGCUUUGCCAAAUUAAUUAACCUCACAGUGUGGGGCGUGUCGCUGUUAGUCAUCCUGCCAACUCUGAUCUUCAGCGGCCUGGACAAGAUGCCGGUGUGUGGGAUUGUAUGGCCGGAGCCGCAAGAUGUCUACUACAAGGCCUUCAUAUUUUACACGUUCUUCGUUGGAUUCUUCCUCCCGCUGGCAGUCAUAUGUAUGUGCUACCUGCUAAUCAUAGUCAAGGUGAAGUCCUCGGGCAUGCGCGUGGGUUCCACCAAGCGCAAGCGUUCGGAGCGCAAGGUGACGCGGAUGGUGUCCAUCGUGGUGGCGGUGUUCGUCCUCUGCUGGCUGCCGUUCUACCUUUUCAACGUCACCUCGGUCACCAGCAUCAUCCACCCCACCUCCGCCAUGAAGAGCACGUUCGACUUCGUGGUGGUGCUCGGCUACGCCAACAGCUGCGCCAACCCCAUCCUGUACGCCUUCCUGUCGGACAACUUCAAGAAGAGCUUUCAGAACGUCCUGUGCCUGAAAAAGGUGGCGGGCCUGGACGAGAUCGAGCGCAGUGACAGCCGGGCGGACCGGAGCAGGAUGGUUAAUGAGGCCGUGAUCAUCAACGCCAACCUGGAGACUCACAACGCCGCUCUCCUCAACGGCGAGCUGCAGACCAGCAUAUGAGAGUAAAUGAGCCGCGGUAGCGUUUGGGGAGGCGAGGGAGACUGAGCAGCUUGCAGACUGAUGGGCUGCCAGUGCACUGCUCGUGACCCCUGCUCAAAGAAGCGGGGGAAUAUGAUGUAAUAGUUGCUCUUGGACAUUGACACAUGAGCAAAGUCCACAUGAAAAAAAUAAACAAUUUCUUAAGGGGCCUCAGAGGUCGGGGGAAAUACACUGACUCCAGCUCAGAGCUCUCGAUAAUUGGGUUGAUGAGGCAAACCGAGCUAGUCAACUGUGGGCAAAAUUCGCUAUUUUGAUUGAAAUGAUUUUCAGCACCAUAGGGACACUUAGUGUUGAAAUCAAACAUUGAUAAAAGUGCUAGUUGCACAUGCCAGCCUGAGGCUUCUUUUGAGCGACUUAUCCCGAACCAAAACAGCAGCUAUGGACCAGAUGAAGAAAUACUGGGGUUAGUUUACAUGUGGUAGACAGACGUCCGAGUGGAUUGAGCGCCAUCCUUGCUUUUCUUCUUCUAUUUUUCUUUUUUUAUUAUUUCCAAUGGCAUUGAUUUCUCUGUAUGUGGAAAUAUUUCUAAAGAAGUCGGCCAGUUGGAAAACAGCCUUCGGUGUCCGCGGACACAACUCACAGUUGAAUGGGUUCACGCUCAUGUUUUAUUCAUGUCAUACGAUUAGUCUGGUCUUAUAUGAUCAACAGGGAAACGAAAUGGCAAACCCCUCAUAUUUGCCGAUAAACAAAGGGAGCUCUCUCCCCUCUCGAUGCAGGCAGUCUCCACGGGAGAAGCCGCAUUGAUCCGGAAACUCUUGAAUUUAACAUCCUGGAUUAUUGAUUUAGUCGACGGACGGGAAAAUCAUCUCUCCAGACGCCAUGACCUUGCUCAUUCAAGACAGUCAGACUUUGUAUAUAGGAAACGGCUUUCUGUCAGCUUCGUGGGAAAGAACGGCAGAUGGACGACUGCGCUCGAAUCAAAAUGAAUUUUCAAGAAAAACGCUGCUGGAGCAUUCCGUGUUGUUGAGAUAUGCAUUGAGUUUCCGGACACCCAUCAUAUGUACUUUACACUAACAUCCUGAUCUUUACAAUAGUCGCAACUCAUGCUGUUAUAAAGAGCUUCUAUCUGCUUGUGAAGUGCUCGGGAAUGUAUAAGUUACUCAAUUGGUGUUGAAAUGCGAUCUUCGGAUUCACAUUCGGUUCAGCCAGCGUGUGCUCGCCAAGACGCCCGAAUUUCACAGACGGCAGGAAAAGGUGUCCUGUAGUCUAACGGGGAGGGCGGGAGGGGGAACGGAGAUGCAGAGGGUAGGACGUUAAAAUAAGAAGGGCUGUGUGUUGCAUCCACUGAGAAGCUUUAAAGAUUGAAGUGGGCUGCAUGAAUACAAGUGACAGGAAGAGAGUAAAGCUUUGCUGUGUGCAUGUCUGCGAGCGAUAAAGAGAAACACAGAGAGGGAGCGAUAACUUGAAACAGUUACAUAAUUACUUUACAAUCUCUUCUUUUCACUUGAAGGAGGUAAUUUUUGGAAGUAGCUAACACUCGGGAAACGGUGGUUUAGAACCGCUGAUUGUGUUUCCUAAGAUAAAACUUUACCCAUAUGUAGAUGGAUCAAACGUGUAGUUUAUGUGCUGUCUUUCUGGCUGGCCUACCGCAGCCUGUCGCAAAAAUUAAAGCUUAAAUGUGUAGUCCAGCAAUUUUGUUUUGUGAUUCCAUCGCGUUGAAGGACCUAAGAGAAAAAAAACGUUCUUAAAAGAAAUGUUCAAAUGGAAGCGGCGGUAGCAUCAGUUCCAAAACAUCAGUUCCUGCAUUUCCCAAAAUGCAGCUGGGAAGCAUCUUUCUCCAGAACCUUCUCGUUUUAGAAAAUAUCUUUCAGAUUCCUCGCCUUUAGUCUUUAACACACGCCAACAGCUUCUCAUAAGUGACGGUACUUCAUGGAUAGCGAUAUUAAUAAGAAGGCAGCUAUAUUCAAGAGUGCACACAAUUCUGUUAUGUCCUUUUACUCUGUAUAUACAAUAUUUUGAUAUGUUUUUGAGGGAAAGGUAUGCUAGUAGGGUGGUCAAGGUUACUGGCAGGGCCAGUCUGUGGGUUCGCUUCAUGCUACAUUCAUUGGCUCCUUUAGAUGAAUGUAAUAGUUUUUGUGCUCCCUUAACUUUCCAUCUGUCAUAAUUUCACUGUCAUUACUUCCUCGUGUGAUACACACCAAUCUGUCUCACCUGAUUCUGGAAUCGUUUAUUACCAGAUGUUCAGAUGUCUCUCUUUAAUUAACAACCAUAGUUUCUAAAUUCGACUACACUACAGUUUGCAUGUUCAGUCAUCACGUUUAGCUGAAUGCUAUGUAAGCAGCACACACGGCUAAAACAUCACGGAAUCAUGAUCAACUCUGUUACAUAGUAACAGCAUGCAGAUGCUUUAAAAGCAUCUGCAUGCUUUUAAAGGUGUAGACGUACCCCAAUUUUAAUUAUACAACAUAGUUGACGUUAAAAAAAAGGGGACUUUAUCAAAUAGAAUUGACUGCUCUCAAAUUAACACCUCCCACUUUCAGUCGGGGACUGCUAGCAUGCUACCAUAUUUAAAAAAAACAUAGACUGUAUGAAAAAUGGACCCCAUGACAGCUACUCAAAUGUGACUUUGGCCAAAGUAAAACGCUAAAGCACUUGUCAAAAAAAUUACUUUCGAGGAUGGUUUCUGUGACAUUAGGAAGUUAAUGUAAUGCUGAUGGUCAAACAUCAUCUUUUCUGAGAAGUUUGGUUUUAGUGACAUAUUUAAGUGACAUAUUUAAGGCUAUAAAAGCAAGAUGCGACACCAUGAUGAUUGACAGUUCCCAUUGGCAUCGCUCUGCAAAGCGCGGAGUCGGAGGAAAAAAAUAAUAAAUGCAGUGCAUAAUCCAAAGUUUCAUUGUAACUUGCGAUGGUGGAGCACUGCGCAGUAUUAAUCAAACGCAUACGACAUACCUCAUCACAAGACGGCGCCGCCCAUAACCCAAGAAUUCUAGCAUCAGUUUGACCAAUGAGAAAAAAACAGAAACGUGACCUCCAUUUUUUCUUCAGUUUAUGUGCUAAAAUAAGAUGACGAAUAAACAGAUCUGUUAGACAAAGUGGCCAAGUUAGCAUGCUAACGUUAAUGUUGCAAAUGUUUACUGAUGAACACAAAAGGUCUAAACUAUUCAAGCAUUAUUAGUAUUAUGUAAUUAACUGUAGUGAUUCCACUGAGCUACGGCUGCGAGUACAAAAGAAACAAAAGACCUUGCGAGGACAGUUUGAUUUCGCCAACCUUAUCACUCCAUUAAUGCCGGCCGAAUGAACCCACGUCCACAGCAGACAUCCACUUCCGUUCCUGCUUCUAUAGGUUCUUUGUGCACAGCGACUUCUCACAAGUACAGAAAUCCCCGACUGGGCCACACCUGGUUGCCGGGGGGUUUUGUAACACAGCUGCACAGCCUCUAUAGUGGUAAUAAGUAAUAACCAUAUGUUGCAGCUUCAGACUGACUUGUCCCAGUGUGUCUGCCACGCCAGCAGCCAUCAGUCAGUGGUGUCAGAAGAGAUGGGGCGACAGAUGGGCGUGUCCCAGUUGGUAGUGGGCAACAUGCCCAGUAAUUUGUUAUGACAUUCUCUCUGUGGCGUCACUGCUGCAGGUACCACUUCUAACCUGACCUUCAGUCGCAGGUCAAAUCACAACGUGCACACGCACACUUACAGGCGUGUCCACUUGUACUCAGACUACGAUUCCACGCGGUUUCAGCCUUUGUUUCUCACAAUGUGUCACAAAGACGAAAGUGUACCGUGGUGUGAGUAAUGCGUUACAGGAUGAGGGUGGCCAAUUGCGCAUCAAGGGAGUCAUAGUGACCCCCCUGACUGUGCAUGUACAUACAAAAAAACACGAAUCAUGAUGCAACAUCUCCUUGUAUAUUUCUCAUUUUUCUGCUCUCGCGAUUGUCACAGUGAGAACCUCAUUUCGGAUUCUCGCUCAUUGCAACUGAGGUGUGCAGAGCGCUUGAAUCCAGCAGAGUAGGAACCAUUCUCUCAUCACCCACGGUUAAUUACUUUGGCUCUCUCUGCGCCUUUCUCUUUUUUCCCUCUCCCGCCUUCGUUUCCCGCGCACAGCUGGUGAAGAGUAAUGUGAGCCGACGCGCGCUUUACACCCACCCGAACUGAGCCGAAACGUACUGAACCACACUGGGGGGAAACGCACCAUUCUCGUCGCUGCUGCCGCUGCCUAUUUGGACGCGCUUAAUGGACUUAAUGGACCGUCCUGAUGCUUAAUACGUUUUGAUGAAGACGGUUUCGUGCCACAGUCACCUGCAGAUGUAGCGUCAGGCGCUGAGUCGGUGCCUGCAGUUGUCACUUUCCUCCUCAAUUUUGUGAUAUCAAGGCCUGAAUCUUGUCAAAUUGGGUCGUAAAAAAACGGGAUUAUCAAAUUGGGAUGCACUUUGGCUGGGCGCGGUGCGGUGCCAAAUGUGAAGAGGGCGUUUGCGCCCCGUCUGGUUUCCGCCACUGUAUAGUGUACAGAUGAGAGGCAGGAGCAGAGGCAAAUGUGAAACCUCUGCUUUACUGCUCUCAGUUUCUUUUUUCUUUUUUGUUUUUCUCUCCUCGAGAAACAUGAGUUCAUUUGCGAAGGGCUAUGACGUGCACUCCUGAGGAUGCAACGUUAAAUCUAAACUCGUAUAUGUAUUUGUGGUAUCCUCUGCUUGUUCUUGCAUGGGGACAUUGGUAUAUCCCACCUUCUGUGUAAUCUCACCGGGACCAGGAGUUACACAACUUAGUGGGUGCCACCUUUUUUUUUUUUUUUAACUAUUAUUAUUAUUUGCAGAAUGCACUCUCAGAAAGGAAAGGUACAGAGUUGUAUUGCGGCUGAGACAAUAAGAAUUAACUUUGGUACAACUUUGUAGCUUCUUAAGUUAUAAUCAGCAGCAUCUGUAUGAAGUUCACAUUAUAAUUCCAACUAAUCGUAGGCGAGCUGGUCAUAACUGCUUGUUUCUGACAGUGUACAGCUGUGGACGUGUACUUUCCUGUGAAGUUUUAUCUAUGUGCCUUGAAACUUAAUAUUAAACCAUGUGACGACAUAAGUGUACAGCAUUACACCAUUGUAACCUGUUUUCAUUUUGUUCCCCCCCAAAAGCCAAGCAACCAAAGGCCUUUGUACUCUACGGACAUGUUGGUUACCAAAACAUAGACAGACCCUCUGCUGUACAUCCCUUUUACUAUUCCCCCCAGCUUACCUAGCUUAUGUUUGUGCGAUAUAAUGUCAAGAGCAGAUGUUUAUUUGUGACUCUUUAUUGUUGCAUUCUGUAGAUUAUAACGUGGGCAAUGAUUGUAACGGACGCGCAGACGUCCUCGUCUCUGCAAUUAAAAAUGCAGGCCAUGGUCUAA